UCCACUAACUAGAGGACUCCAUUGAAGCUCUAUAUAAAAGCUUACACCAUUGUCACAUACAAUGGAAUCCACUAGAAAUAUUGUAACCAAUCAACAAACUAGAUUUUUUCUUGCAUGAGAUUGUUCAUAACUGUAGUAAAUUAAGCUUCCCAUUACUAAAAUACACAUUAGAACCAUAAGCAGCGAAGCCAUGGUCACGAUGGCAACCAGUGUAUGUUCAAGUUCAUUGCUAGGAGGUUGGGGAGCUGACUCUAGGCUUUAUCAAAGGCUUUUUUUCUUUGAAAUGCAGUACAUAGACAGAGUUGAGAGUGUAAAAAGAGCAAAGCAAGUAAAAAGCUUUUUCAUUAAUUCUAGCUACAAGGUGAAAAAACCUCAAGCUGUAGCUUCUGAGGUGUCCACAGCUGAAUUGGAGUCUUCAUCAAGCGCUCCCAAUUCUGAUGAAAAGCUGUUGGCCAAUUAUGUGCCGAUUUAUGUUAUGCUCCCAUUGGGAGUUAUUACAAUUGUUAAUGUUUUAGAAGACAAAGAUGGGCUUGAGAAUCAGCUUAAGAAGCUAAAAGCUGCUGGUGUGGAUGGGGUAAUGUUAGAUGUUUGGUGGGGGAUAGUAGAAUCCAAGGGCCCUAAGCAGUAUGAUUGGAGUGCUUACAGGAGCUUGUUUGAACUCGUACAGCAAUGUGAAUUGAAGUUACAAGUUAUAAUGUCAUUCCACCAAUGUGGUGGAAAUGUAGGAGAUAUUGUUAACAUUCCCCUUCCCCAGUGGGUACUUGACAUUGGGAAAACAAACCCUGAUAUCUUUUACACUAAUCGAACCGGUAACAGAAACAAGGAGUAUCUAACCAUUGGUGUGGAUAACCGGCCUCUCUUUGAUGGACGAACUGCUAUUGAGAUUUAUAGUGGCUACAUGAAGAGCUUCAGGGAGAAAAUGUCUGAUUUUCUUGAAGCAGGGCUAAUAAUAGACAUUGAAAUAGGACUUGGACCUGCAGGGGAGCUCAGAUACCCCUCUUAUCCCCAAAAUCAAGGAUGGGUUUUUCCUGGGAUAGGUGAAUUUCAGUGCUAUGACAAAUAUCUGAAAGCAGAUUUCAAAGAGGCGGCAACAAAAGCAGGCCACCCAGAAUGGGAAUUACCGGAUAAUGCAGGACAAUACAAUAGCACACCAGAAUCAACAGAGUUCUUUGGAUCAAAUGGGACAUACCUUGCUGAAGAAGGGAAGUUCUUCCUGACUUGGUAUUCCAACAAUUUACUGAGCCAUGGUGAUGACAUCCUUGAUGAAGCCAACAAAAUUUUCUUAGGCUUUAAAGUCAAGCUGGCAGCUAAAGUGUCUGGAAUCCACUGGUGGUAUAAAGCUGAUAGCCAUGCAGCAGAGCUUACUGCAGGAUAUUACAACUUGAAAGAUAGAGAUGGAUACCGACCUAUUUCAAGGAUGCUCUCAAGACAUUAUGCCAUUUUGAAUUUCACUUGUCUUGAAAUGAGAGACUCAGAACAACCAGCUUCUGCUAAGAGUGGACCUCAGGAACUUGUUCAGCAGGUUUUAAGUGGAGGUUGGAGAGAGAAUAUUGAAGUUGCAGGUGAGAAUGCACUAUCGAGAUAUGAUCGUUCUGCUUAUAAUCAAAUCCUUUUAAAUGCUAGGCCUAAUGGCGUCAACAGAGAAGGCCCACCAAAACUUAGGAUGUUUGGGGUGACAUACCUUCGUUUAUCAGAUGAAGUAUUAGAAGAAAAAAAUUUCAAUAUAUUUAAGACAUUUGUGAAGAAAAUGCAUGCUGAUCAAGAUUACUGUCCAGACCCACAAAAGUAUAAUCAUGAAAUAGUUCCACUUGAACGGUCGAAGCCAACGUUUACUAUUGAAGAACUUCUGGAAGCAACCAAGAAAAUGGAGCCAUUCCCAUGGGAUAAAGAAACAGACAUGAGUGUUGGUGGAAUACUUGCUGAUUUGAUAGACAAGAUUAUCUCUAUUUUCAAAUAAUUUCAAAUUGAUACCAUGGCCAGAUCCAGACGCAGAAAAAUAGCUACAUCAACAAAUCAAUUAGAUAAAAGUUACACGAUAUGCAGGGCUAAUAAAAUGCCCUAACAUGGCCAUUGCAGAAUAAUUUCAGGCAAAGUUUUUUGAAUAGAAGUAUAUGCAUUUCGAAUCUCUGAAUCAGAUGUACAUUUAAAUUUUGGUAAAAUAUUACUUACCAAUAAUCACCAAAAAAGCCCAUCUCUAAAGUCGUGGAACCUAAGGUAUAUCCCUCGGGAACAACUUACCACAGCCACGCAAUGAACUCUUCUUCUUGUUUGUACGGGCCACAACACACCACAAGCCAUAAAUUACAGAAGGGUUGGUA